AUGGCAGGACAGGAGCACACCGGCGAGGCCAAUGAUGUGCGUGUGAGACUCGUCCGUGGAAGGGAAACGUUGGCUGCCCGCCCCUAUCUUUGGAUGGGCUUCGAGCCUUGCUCUCAGAGAGACCUUGAGCUUUUCAACUGCGGUCCUGUCGACUUUAUCGGAUACGAUCACACAAGCUACCUCCUCAAGAUGACUAUCAGUGAUUUGGAGGUGAGAGUCUUUCCUGGAGAUGGAUGGUUCGUCACGCAUGAACAGCAACUUCGACGUGAUGAAGAACAACCUGGAGAUUUCGUUUCGACCCCUAGGUGUCUCAACAAAAAACUCCACGUCAAGAUCACCAUCCCGGCGGAUAAACGAGGCGUGUUUAAUGCCACCACCGGUUUCCUCUGCUCCAUCUGGAGCAAGUGGAAAUUCUUCAAGGGACCGCCAGAGAGCUGUUCGACCUGCACUUGGGAUGCCAUGAUCAUCUAUGAUUGCACUGCUAGCUCAGAAGGUACUCUCCUGGAUUGCCCCCAGAUCGCCACGCGCAAAUGGGAUAUUCUUCUCAUGAAGGUUGGCACCGAUUAUGAGCACUCUUGGCUCGUCGCCGCAAUUAAUGACUCUGGAGCCUAUGACGAUUUGCGCCAUGACCCUUCUGACGAACGACAACAGACUGCACUCGAGCUCUUCCACGCCCUUGGAAUAGGCCAAGAUGAAUACAUUCUUAUGAACCAAUAUCAGGUGCUUGAACUUUGA